AUGGACAAUAUUAAGUUUAAACAAAGUAAAAACGAAAGUAUCUUAAGUGGAUUAAGCUGUUCUGACUCUGAUUCGACAGAUUCUGAGGUAACGAUCUUUCUUUUUUGUUUUCUAAGUUUAGGUAACAAAUCGUUAAUAACGGGAUUAUGAGCAUGUUUCCAUUGAAUUUUGAACACAAUGAGAUAGAUUCGUAAACUGUAAAAUAAAGUAUGUGAAAAUUUUAAAAACUACAUGAAGAAUCAAAUAAAUACUUGAUGGCGUAAGGUUAGAACGUUUUUGUUACCUAAAAAAAGGUUUUACUUGAUGCAUAUUAUAUUCUUCGUGUUAAAGUUUAAAAAUUUUUUUUUGAUGGCUAAAACAAGGUUUUUUGUAGUGUUUUACCUUUUAAACAUUGAUUUUUAUAUUGUUGUUUCAAAUUUAGGUAUGAAAAAUACUUAUCAGAUGCUGGAGAGCUUUUUAUUGAGUUUUAUUUCGUGUUUGUUAAGAUGAUGGGUUUCUCGAUAAUUUUAGGCAAAAACGUUUUUUUUUUGAGUUUUUGCUAGACAUGAGAAACGGGCCGGGCCCGUUUCCACGUAAAAAAAAUUUAGGCCCGGCCUUGAGCAAAAUUCCGAUCGGGCCGGGCCUGAAAAAUGAGCCGGGCCCGGCCCGUUUCUCAUGUCUAGUUUUUGCUUUUUAAAAAUCAAAAAAAAAUUGAAAUUGUUGUUUUUGAUGAUUUUAUUUGAAUUUCUCAAAAUUCGAUAAUUUCUCGAAUUUUCCAAAUUUGCAUAUUUCGAAUUCAAAGUCUUCGUAAGCCGAAAACGGCGAUGCUAGCUCAUUUGAUCACUUUCACAUUCCAGGAGACGGCCGGGAUCUCCGCUCUGUGUUUUGUCGACGUGGCACUUUCUUUCUGCUCCGUGCACCGUGCUCAAGCUGGUUGGGUCCAACUCUUCGGCCGCUGUCUCGAAGCUAAACCAAACCUUAUUAUGGCUGUCAUCUGA